UAAACGAACAUAGAACCCUGAAGACACAAGAGGAGGAGAGGGUAAAUCACCAAUCUGUGGUUGUAUCUUCGCUGCGGCAAAUCUGCGUAUUGCACUGUCACGUUGAACUCGAGCAACAAAUAAAAUUAUAAUAUAUUCGUAGAUUUGGUAGCAGUUGACUCGCUUUUCAUCUCAUUAAUAUAUAUAUAUAUACAUUCCUCUAUAUAUAUAAAUACAAUAAUGUGAGAUCUAAGUUUAUAAAAGAGCACUCGACGACAUGGAACACUGCACCCGGCCUGGAUUAGGGUGUCAGUCGCGUCCUCCGAUCAAUCGGGCUUGUAUGUUUCACUAUCUACACACAUUUAAAACUCACCAGUGAAAGUGUAUUUUUAUACGAGAUUAUGUUUCUCAACAUCAGAGUGACCAACUACAGCCAUAAUUGAUUAAACCUCAAAAUUUGAAGACAUGCUGAAUCGCGAAGUAUGGAAUGAGGAAAAAGUUGAGAUCAAACAAUAUGUCGAAGGUUCUUGAAUAAUGAAGUCAAUCCAGUGGAGGAAAUAAAAAAAUGAACUAUUAUAUGCUUGUCACCGAUAUGAUGAUUGCAUUUAUUAGUAAGCGAUGGAAAAUAGCUCCAGUACUGCAAACACUAUUAAUAAAGGAAUACGAAACAAUCGAAUUUCAAAAUUAAAAUCAUUAAAAAUCAUUACUGAUAAAAAAGAAUUAAUUGAACGAUGCCUUAUGAAAUAGUAAAGUAAUUAAAGUUUAUAAAUGGGAAUCAUAAAAAAGUACGAAAGAAAAUGGAAGAACCGCUGUAAAUGAAACGUUACAAAACAGUGUUAUGUUAGAAACAGUAAAGCACCCUCUUCGAGGGCGUACAAUUUUAUCACUUUUGAUAAUAAACAGUACAUACGUACUGUUACUCCACGCAGCGGCAUUUCCCGAUUGGACAGACUGUCCGGUUGUUUGCAGUUGCAAAUGGACAUCAGGAAAAAAGUCUGCAUUUUGUCAGAAUGCCGGAUUGAGUUCUCUGCCAGCGUCACUGGAUCAAGAGAUGCAGGUACUUGAUUUGUCGGGUAACAACAUACCAGAAUUGCAAGAUCAAAUUUUCAAACGAAACGGGCUUGUUAAUUUGCAAAAAGUAUUUCUCCGGAAUGCCGGAAUCCACGAAAUCCACGCGGAUGCCUUCAAAGACAUGGGGAUACUAAUCGAAGUAGACUUGUCCGACAAUCACGUGGCGAGUUUAGAGAUAAAUACCUUCAACGGGAAUGAAAGGCUUAGAGUGUUAAUUCUAACAGGUAAUCCGCUGGUGACUCUUGUAAGCCAUCAAUUCCCGACACUUAAACACCUCAAGACUCUUGAGCUUCAAAGAUGCGGGUUAACUAAAGUACACAGUCUGACAUUUGCCAAUUUGCCUAAUCUAGAAUCAUUGAAACUCGAUAAUAACCAAUUAACUUACUUAGAUGCUACGACAAUCUCGUCAUUACCAAACUUGAAAACACUUACCCUGGAGGCCAACAAGUGGUCUUGUGACUGCCGAUUGAAGAGUUUUCGUAAUUGGCUGAUACCUGACACACCCAAAAAAAUCUACUCAGUACCGCAAAUAUGCAACGGACCAUCAAGACUCGAGGGCCGUCGUUGGGAGGACGUAAAGCCCUCAGAUUUCGCUUGUGCUCCGCAAGUAAAAGUCUACGCCAGCCCGAUGCAAGAAGAAGUAAACGGGAACUUGAGUUUGUCUUGCCUGAUUUCAGGGGAUCCAGUGCCCGAAUUUUGGUGGCAGCUUAACGGGGGAUUUCUAAACCUAAGUCGCAGCACAGAAUCAAGCCCCUAUGCGCCAUUAGUUUCAUACAUCGUGACUUUCACAUCAUCUGCAGAGUUUAAUCACUACCAUGCUGAUGGUAAACUUCCAGAGAGGUGGAACAAUAUAACUAUUUACAAUGCUAGUGAUAGUGAUGCCGGUGAAUACACAUGUCAGGCAAGAAAUAUUGCCGGUGCUGCUAAGGACACCAUUAACAUUGUGGUACCACGUGUUUUUACAGCACCAACUUUGUCACAAACAGACAAUUGGCUGCUCUGGGUGACGCUCGCUGGUGGUGGAACCGCAGCAUUGUUUGCCUCGAUAUCUGCUGUACUGAUGGUCCUGUGUCUUUGUGGAGGAUCCCGGAGGCGCACCAGACACGAAAAAGUAAAACUUCAAGGCAGCACGAGUUUUGGCGAUCAAGAGAAAAAACUUUUGGAUUUAUCAGUAACAACAACUGGUACCAGCGGAUGCAAUACUAAUGAACGUAUUAGUGGCCAGGGUAGCUUAGCAGAUACAUGUAGUCCUGGUGAUUUGGAGCUUGCUGAACGUGCUUCCAUUUGCGACGCCACAACAGUAACUGUCGAGAGACUUAGACCCGAUUGUGGUGGGACUAAUUCAACGGGGUUACGUAAUAAUAAUAUUACAGCGUGUUCAACAACUGGAUUUCCUCCACCGCCACCAGAAUUCACCGGUGGUGUUUUACCCUCUGGUAUAUACGGAAAUAUAUUUAUUUCAGUAGCAUUACCACAAGAUGUUGAACGUUGUUAUCCAGAUUUACUUGAUAUUCCAGUUCAUGCACCAACGAUAACUGAUAAAAGUAAUUUUCCAACUCCUUUACCAGCAACGUCAAUGAUAUCCAGUUUUGCAACCCUGCCUCGCAGACCACUACGCACUGAUCUUGGGUCACAGUACGACAACAUGGGGCCUCGUGUUACUGCCACUGGAAGCUCGACAUUUUCAUUAACUGAUGAUCUACGGCUUUCACCACCUCCUCCUCCGGUUAUUAAACCGCCGAUUGAGUUUGUUUCCCUAUGAAAUGAAUUAUAAAUUUUAAUUAAUAAUUUAUUAAUAUUAUAAAUUAACUAUAAUAUAAUGAUAAAAAUUAUUUAUAAGAUAGUAUUAAAGUAUCUGAUCUUGUAUGUUUCGUUGUUUGUCUGUCUGUCCACUAGUCGUAUGAAAAAAAAAAAAAUAAUGGUUGAGUAUCACUUUAGUAUACUACUGUCUGAUUGUAAAAAUGUUAUGAGUGUUAUCAAUGUGCAUUUGGAAAUGAUAUGUUUAUUAUUAUGAUAAUAGA